AUGUGCCACAAGUUGGUGAACGACUCUUGCGGAAUGCGCAAUGCGCGGCUUCACGCGUGGACCCACUCUAAGAAAGAGUACACCUGCAAGUACUGUAAGGAGAAAUGUGAUUCGUUCUUUGAGAUGCAAGUUCACUACAAAAAUAUUCAUUUCAAAGUACACCGGAUGAUGGGACCUCGUGAAAAGCCAAUCACCCAUGAUCCCAAACUGCAGCAGCUCAUGUACCAGUGUUAUGGAGAACAACUCUGUCGUUUUGCGUACGCUGGGGAGAGAAUUUGCAUGCUUUUCCGGGAAGGACAGAGAAACGACAAGGGUUCGGAUGCCAAUUCAAAGAAUGAAUCGCUUGAUUGA